AUGGAGAACAUGGGUUCCUACCAUCAGCCCCAAUGGUCUGGCUGGGGCUACCACGGUGCCGCCAACCAAUACCCCAGAUAUUCUCAGCAGCUGCCCAGUUAUGCCGCUUACCUCCCGGAGUCGAUGGAGCUGUACAAUGCCCACCAAGGUCACCUCCUCCAUCAUCACCAGAUGUCUAGGACAACUGAGACAAAGCCUCGCCUCUCCAAGGAAGAGGUUGAGAUCCUCGAGGCCGAGUUCCAGAAGAACCACAAGCCCAACAGCAGCACCAAGAAGGCCCUGGCCGAGUCCAUGAGAGUCGACAAUGCCCGCAUCAACAACUGGUUCCAGAACCGGCGAGCACGGGAAAAGAAGGAGAAGAACAUCCGUGAAUAUGCUGCCAAGCAGAAGAUGGAGAAGGAGAAGGCUGCCAACGAAGCGGGUGUCUACUCUGACGAUGAACGGCGGUGCGAUCGAGUUGUCUCGAGCGCCCCCUUCCCCGUGCAACAUGCUGUCAAGGCUGGACCUACAGACCUGUCCACACCAGAGCAGGACAGCGAGACCGACGCCAGUCAGUCGGAUUUCGGUGCUAGCUCGCCCCUGGGUGUUUCGGCCAAGGCGACUCCCGAACCUGUCUCGGCCUCUAGCUAUGGUCAGUAUCCUCAACUGAUUGUGCCUAACGAGGAGGAUGAGCCCACCCCUUGCUUGCCACAGCAGUGUUUCCCCGUCCCAAGCAGACUAUCUGCAUCUCCUGUGCAGGAGCAGUAUCUGUAUACCAACAACAGUCUUGCUGUCAACGAGGCAGCCCAGCCCAUGGCGCCGCUGAAGCCGUCGCCCGCCAUGGACAUUGCCUCUCGACGAAACCGACGACCCCCUCAGCUUGCUAUAAAUGCUUCUCGCAGCUACUCGGCAUGUGCCCCUAGAACUGGGGUGGACAUGGGAAGAAGGGCAGACGUCGGUAACUCUAUUCGUCGUGUUGCUUCGGCCACAGGAGUUGGUCGCAUCAGCAAGCCCUCAGGUGGACCUCGAAGCCCAUACUUUGACCGCAACCCCGACAUGCUCCUGCAGCUCAACCGCUCUCCCAACUUUAUAGGGACCACAACGAUCGCACCGCCCACUCCCAACACACCUGUUGUCACAACUCAGCAAGGAUUGUGCGAGGCCACUCCCUCUAGCACGGUGGCAUAUGAGGAGAAGUAUCCGAUGGAUCUCGCCCUUCACGACCCAACUCUUCGAACACCGCCCACCACACCUGGCGUCAUGGACAACCUCUACAACACCGACUCAGCAUACGAAGUUGCAGUAUCAGACGAGCCCCUGGCUACUCCUGGACUGGGUGGUUUCCCCAACGACUUUGACAUGCCCGGAGCAUCAGGCCAAGUGCCCAACUACCUUUCCAACAACUGUUCUAGUCAGCCUCAGACACCUUCCUAUGGUGCCCAGAUGGGACCCGCCUACUUUGGCUACGCUGGUGGCAACGCCGAGUACAACUGGUCCGACGAUGCUUCUGCCUCGGCACACUCCUCGCCAGGCCAGCAGAAUGUGCAGUUCAUGAACAUGACGCCAUCGAGCUUCACAUAA